AUGCUUGUUCAACCAGUGUGGCAGCAGCUGUCAUUCGAACGGGUGAUUGCAGCGCUGUUUAUUCUUCUAGGAGUAGCUCCUUUCAUCUACGCCGUAUACCACCGCGUCUUCCACUCACUGCACCAUGUAAACCGGUCCAUUCCUUGCCUCGGUGUCUCCCUGGGUGUAAUUAUACCAAUGGCCUCAAGGGAAACCGACAUAUCCGGCUUCACCACCUUCACUCCCAGGACGGACCCCACGUCCGGGUCGCACCUAAUUUUGUGUCUGUCAACACCGCGCAGGGGUCUGCACGACAUUCACGGCCACGGGAAACGGCGCGUACUGGGCCAGGUAUUUGCUACGCAUGCGCUUCAGAGUAUGGAAGAUGUAAUGCUGUUGCAUAUUCGGCAGCUUUGUGCAGCGUUAGAUGGACAGUUGCCGAAAACUGGGAAGCGAUAUUCUCCGAAGGUGCAGGAGCCCAGUUAUCUCACCUAUGAUGUGCUAGGAGAGCUGUGUUUCGGGAAGAGUUUGGAUAUGCUUAUCUCAAGCGGACGUCGAAAACUGGGGGAGCUGGUAGACCGUGUGGCUAACCGUCAUUAUGUUUGCGGUCUCUGGAUGCUCCUGGAUACCUGGGUGCUGUUUCUGUUUGAUCUGGCGAUGGCGGACCGCAUGGGCAUUUGGCGCCGGUGGAUUAUUUUACAAGUUCAACCGCGUGGCCGAAUGUUAUUGUUCAUAAGAGACUGGGGGUAG